GGCAUUCAUACUGUUUUCCGAUAGACUGAGAAGUCAGAUGUACUUCAGGAGGUGGUCCUAACCUCGUCAUUCGAUCUCCCGCGGAUCCGUCAUGGUCAGGGACACUAUCCGGAAGUAGAAUGGACACAUAGAAAGCUUUUUAUACCCGAAUCCUUGUUGCAGGUGAAAGAAUUGGUAGACUAGGACGUGGACGAAUCCCUGCUGCACUUUACAAGAUGUAAACUCGUCUCACGUGGUCAGUUACUAGCUGUUGGUGUUCCUUAGAGGAAAAAGAUCAAUUCAAUUUCGAUAACCACUGUUGAUAGACUCCUUUGAACGGCCGGCCAAAGAAACUGUCUUUGCUAACGACGGUCCUGCCAGAUGAGCACCCACUAUCACGUCUCUUUGAAAUUAGAAAAUUUUUGCUUCUACCGACUAUACAGUAUUCAUAAUGUGAUUUCUUUUCUGGACCUAUAGGGAUAAAGCAACUGCCUGAUUCAUCACAUGAUUAGUCUAUGCUGAAUGGGCGAAUAAAUUGAAUAUUCUACAAAAGACCCUAAAAUUAAGAAAACGAUACCAUCAUCACCGGUAAGAAAAGACAACAUUCAGUUAUCAAUGUGUAACGGUACCAUUUCGUACGAUACUAGACCAGUCAUAAUGCCCCUUCGUGGAGGGGAAGACAGUGCCUUUAAUGAAUUAUUAGAAGGACGAAUGGAUCUAGAUAUCAUACUGCCGGAUGACAGGAAAAUACACAUGAGCGUGGAUAGAAGAACGCCAAUGAUGGAUCUUCUAGUGAAGGUGACAACACCCAAUAAGAUCAAACCAGGAGGUCAUAUAAUUCAAGUGUAUGACGACAGAGGUCGAGACCUACCUUACAAACCUAGCACUCCCAUUGGUUCCAUGGAUGCAUGUACAGUUCACAUUGUACCCAAAAAGCUACGGACUGAAAAUGAGAAGCUAAAAUUUGAGCAAACAUUACGGCUGCAGGUUAGGCUGCCCUACAACCAAAGAUCAGCAUAUCGGUUCAGCCCAAAUAAAACACUGGGUGAGAUCAAACAGGUAGUUUGUAAAGAUAAAAACCUAGACCCAAAAGUACAUCUCCUGGUUCAUCCACAGAAUCAAGACAAAGUCCUAGAUGUGAAGAUGACUUUUGGCGAUUACAACCGUAAAGAAAUUUCACUGCUAUUGAUAAAAUGUAUCGAUCCCAAAUCUUCGCACGUGGAAACUAUCCCUUACCAAUCGCAUGAACUACAAGAAAAGAAAAAACGGGGAGUAGUGAGCUCCGAAAGAGGGGAUGAUCAAGACGGUAUGGAUCUUGCUGGCCACGGAGUCAAGUCUCAUGUGAAGGCCAGGAGCAAAAAACAGCUUGCACCACUACCUCCUUCACUAAAAGAAACUAAAAAUGAAGUACUUUCUUCUCGUAAACCGUUCUCAAAAAUAGAUCGACAUGACAAGGGAAGUGUCUCUUACUCUUACCGUAGCUCCAGCUCCAGUGGGUAUCACGAAUCCUCAGUUUUCAGUCAGUCCUUAGUUGGUAACACGUGUAGCAAGGUUGCACAUUCUUCGACAGAAAAUAUUUCUUUUAAAAAUCGAAACUUCACGUCAAAAAACAAACUGUGCAUAGAUAGGUUUUCCUUAACAAAGGCUAACUCUUCCACACUCUCAGGACGUAAGAAACGAGCCCCUUUGCCUCCUUCCAAACAAACGAUAGAGAAAAGAGCUAUAGAACACGCAGAAGAAGAAAAAAGGGAUGAUCCUAACAAGCCUUCUCUCGUGAAAGUUCUUGAAAGUCACACCACAGAAAAGGAAGGAUCUGCGGAACACGUUAACGCCACAGAAACUGAUGUAUCAACGACUUCGCAGGUUAACGGAUCAUCCGAAACUUCAGAGUAUUAUGUCGAGAAUAUAAAUGCUUCCUUUGCUGGUGAUAAAGAACAGUGUUUCUCUUCUAACUCUCUAAUCCCCUGUAGUGAUACAGACGGGAAAGAAGAGACCAUGAGAUCUUCCACACCAGCUAUUGAAGACGAAAACCUUUAUCCUUCCGAGCUUUAUUCUGAGUUAGAUAAUGACAAAAACAGUCGAUCUCGAAAGAACUCUGGUCAAUAUUCUGUGAUACAUAGUGAUGCAGAUGAACUAAAUCUAGACCCUUUUCGUGAACGAUUAGAACAAAUGCUUCAAAAACACAUCGAUAUCUAUUUAUGAAAAUCUUUCCACGAGCACUUCUUUUUCCUGCUUUUCCAGAACCUUUCCGAUUUAAUCUCUGUUUGUUUAUUUAUUAUGUUGUCUCUUAAUCUUUCGUUCUAUCUGUAGAGGGCAAGUUAAGUCAACAUCAGCUGGGUUUUUAGUGUGUAU